AGCGAGCAGGGGUUUGGCGGCCUCACCUGUCCCCACUCUCCGGCUGCGACCGGCGGCGGCGGGCAGCGCGGUGGGCGGGGAGGGCCGCCGCCAGGUGUGCAACAGAGGAACAUGGCUCAAGAAACUAAUCACAGCCAAGCGCCUAUGCUUUGUUCCACUGGCUGCGGAUUUUAUGGAAACCCUCUUACAAAUGGCAUGUGUUCAGUUUGCUAUAAAGAACAUCUUCAAAGACAGAAUAGUAGUAAUGGUAGAAUAAGCCCACCUGCAGCCUCCGUCAGUAGCCUCUCGGAGUCUCUCCCCGUCCAGUGCGUGGACGGCGGUGGCCCCGACGUUCAGUGCCCGCUGGACUCUGCAUGUGCGUCCGCGCAGCCAAGCCCUGUAUCAAAUCAGUCACUUUUAUCAGAAUCUGUAGCAUCUUCCCAAGUGGACAGUACCUCUGUGGACAAAGCAGUACCGGACACAGAAGACCUGCAAGCUUCAGUAUCAGAUACGGCACAGCAGCCGUCUGAAGAGCAAAGCAAGUCUCUUGAAAAACCAAAACAAAAAAAGAAUCGCUGUUUUAUGUGCAGGAAGAAGGUGGGACUUACUGGGUUUGAAUGCCGGUGUGGAAAUGUUUACUGUGGUGUACACCGUUACUCCGAUGUACACAAUUGCUCUUACAAUUACAAAGCUGAUGCUGCUGAGAAAAUCAGAAAAGAAAAUCCAGUAGUUGUUGGUGAAAAGAUCCAGAAGAUUUGAACUCCUGCUGGAAUACAAAAUCCUUUGACCAUCUGCAAACUAAAAAUUGACUUGAGGUUUUUUUUCCUAGUCCUUGGGAAUGUAGAACAACGUACUUGCAUAGACCUUUUAAUCAUGCAUGUCGCCAGAAGAAUAGAUUUUUGUUUUUGUUUUGAAAAUGACUCUGAACAUUUAUUUCCAUUGCAGUUUCUGUGGCUGAAAAGACUUAAGUAAACUUUACAAGUAUUAUCCUUUUAAGAUCAUUUUAAUUUUAGUUGAGUGCAGAGGGCUUUUAUAACAAACGUGGAGAAAUUUUGGAGGGCCGUGAUUUUUCCAGUAUUAAACACGCAUGCGUUGAUCUUGCAGUUUAUUUUCCA